AAACCGCAGCGGGGCGCCGAGGCGCUGCAACGCCGCUCGACGUGAGCUAUGAACACUGAAAUGCACACGGUCGGCUCUCGAUGCGUUCCGAAAGAGAAACAAGGCGAACUAUGUUUACCUAUGAUGCCUUUCACUGACCGUAAAGACACAACGCCUCGAGUUUCGGAGACCUUGUAAAGCAGCGCUCCAGAACAGCCAGACGGCCUCUACCCGGACGGCCUCUACCCAGACGGCCUCUAACCAGACGCAGAGCGAGGGACGGGGCCCAGCGGGGUGAGAGCUCUCCCCCAGCAUGGCCUCCAGUACAUUCCCCAUGGGACCACUGGACCGGAGCGGUAGCUUCUUCAAGCUGAUCGACGCCUUCGCGUCGGAGAUCGGGGAGCUGAAGCAGGAGAUGGUCCGGACGCCCUCGGCGGAAGAGGAGAAGCAGCCGGUUGCAUUCCAAGGGCUGGAGGGUGAGGUAAGCGGGCUGUACCUGCAGUCCCGCCACUGCAGCCACCGUGCGGGCGGUGAGAGGGAUUCUGGGUAUGACUCGCUGGGCAGGAGGAUGAGUGUGCUGGCCCGGCUGACCCAGACGCACCCCGUGUGGCUACUGCUUGCCCUGGGGGAGGAGGAGGCCAGACGCAUUCUGCUCAGACAGCCAGCCGGGGUGUUCCUGGUGACGAGGUCCGCUGCCCUCCAGAGGAAGGUCCUCAGUGUACGACUGGAGGACGAGGGCUCCUCUCCGUGUAUCCAGGACUUCCCCGUCAAGGAGAGCCAGUACACCUUUUCCCUGGAACACUCUGGGAUCAGCUUUGCAGACCUGUUCCGUCUGGUGGCUUUUUACUGUAUCAGCAGGGACAUCCUGCCAUUCACACUGAAACUCCCAGAAUCCAUUGCGUCGGCCAGGUCUCGGAAGGAGCUGGAGGAGGUGGCCCAGCUCGGAGCAGGUUUCUGGGACUCUGCCCUCAGCCGCCAGCUGCCCUGCUCGCCCCCCCGCCCCCUGAGCCGCACCCUCAGCCCCCAGCGCUCGGACAGCGGGCCGCCCAGGGGGUCCCGGGGAGGAGCCCGCGGCAGGCAGGCCGGCCGCGGCAUCGCCAGCGCGCCCCCGACCCUACGCGCCCACCCCUCCCCGGGGUCCCCGCGGAGCCAGCCCGGCGCCGCCCUGUGCUUCGUCAACCCGCUCUUCCUCCAGGCCCACCGCCACCGCCAGGGAGAGCUGGAGCCGCCCCCCCGCUCCUCCUCCUCUACCUCCGCCUCCUCCCGUGACCCCGAGACCCCCCGCACCCUGCCCAGCCCCAGGAGACCCCCGGGGUCGACCGCCGCGUCCCGCGUCCAGGACGCUCACUGCCGCGCCGGGAAGGCCGCCGGCGACGCCAAGCCCCGCCUCGCCCCCCCGCCGCGCCCCCCGCCCCCGCGCUUCAUGCCCAGCCGCCGGCAAGCCCCGCCCCCGCCGGUCGCCCCCCCGCCGCCGGCGCUGGUGCCGGUCGAGCCCCCGCCCACGCCGGCCGAGCCGCCUCCGCUGCCGGCCACGCCCCCGGUGUCCGUCCCCAAGCCGAAGGGCAUGCCAGAGCCUGUCGCCGCGGCUGCCAGGCAACAGCAACCCACGUCGGUGCGGCGUCAGGCUCCCCGACCGCCGUCCAUGGGCGCCAAGAGCAGCAGCCCGGCCAAGAAGCCGGCCGGCGCCCCCGUCGCCACGCCGGCCGCGUCGAACCCCCCGCCGCCCCGGCCCUCCAAGAAGCCCGACCUGGAGUCCCACCGCUGCCACGUCGCCCUGGACGACGAGACCAUCGCCCAGGCCAUCCUGCGCGCCAAACCCCCGCCGUCCCAGCCGGCGGCGCCCCCGUCCGCCGAGGCCCCCCCCCCGGAGGGAGGAGCCGGGGGCCCCCCCGGCGUGGCCGCGGCCGACGGCCGAGGGGAGCAGCGCCUCAGCGACAUGAGCCUGUCCACGUCGUCCUCCGACUCCCUGGAGUACUCCCGGGCUCCCGGCUUCUCCCUGGGCCUCCCCCCUGCCCCGGCCCGCCGCCCGCGUCGCCGCGGCGACCUCGCCGAGGACAGCAGCGAGGAGGAGGAGGAGGAAGAGGAGGAGGAGGAGGAGGAGGAGGAGGAGGAGGACUACGGGGUGGGUCUGGAGAACGACCUGGAGAACGGGCGGCGGCGGCCCUUCAGCGCCCGCCGGAGGAACGUUGGGGUGAGGCUGAGCCGGGGGCUGAGCGGGGGGUCCUUCAUCCUGCCCCGCGCCCUGAAGGGGAAGUUCCGCCGGAUGAGUGGCGUCCUGGGCUCCCUCAUGACCCCGGAGCGCCGAGCCAUCAAGAGGAUCGCCGAGCUGUCCCGGGAGAAGGGCUCCUACUUCGGCUCCCUGGUGCAGGACUACGUGUGCUUCGUGCAGGAGAACCGCCACUGCCACACCACGACCACAGACUUCCUGCAGACCAUCCGGCAGUUCAUGACCCAGAUGAAGGCCUACCUGCGGCAGAGCUCGGAGCUGGACCCGCCCCUGGAGUCCCUCAUACCUGAGGACCAGAUUGACCAUAUCCUGGAGAAAGCCAUGCACAAGUGUGUGCUGAAACCACUGAAGAGUGUUUUGGAGGUGGCCAUCCACGACUUCCAGGUGAGCAGCGGCGCCUGGCAGCAGCUGAAGGAGAACCUGGCCCUGGCCAAGGCCAAGAGGCCCCUGGAGCUGGGGGUGGACGGGGUGGUGCCCCCGGACCCCGUGGCCAUCGAGAAGAUCCGCCACAAGUUCCUCACCAUGAGGAAGAUGUACUCGCCGGAGAAGAAGGUCUCCUUGCUGCUGCGUGUCUGCAAGCUCAUCUACACCAUCAUGCAGGACAACUCAGGGAGGAUGUACGGCGCGGAUGACUUCCUGCCCAUGCUCACCUACGUGCUGGCCCAGUGCGACCUGCCUCAGCUGGACGCAGAGAUCCAGUACAUGAUGGAGCUGCUGGACCCCGCCCUCCUCCACGGCGAAGAGGGAUACUACCUGACCAGUGCGUACGGAGCCAUGUCCCUCAUCAAGAACUUCCAGGAGGAGCAGGCGGCGCGCGUGCUGAGCUCCGAGACGCGCAACACGCUGCACCAGUGGCACCGGCGCCGCACCACGCCACGAGCAGCGCCCUCUGUGGACGACUUCCAGAACUAUCUCCGCAUCGCCCUCCAGGAGGCGGACUCGGGCUGCACCGCCAAGACCCUGCUGGUGCAGCCGUACACCACCACCGAAGAAGUCUGCUCGCUGUGCGCUUACAAGUUCAAGGUGGCCGACCCCGAGAACUAUGCCCUCUUCCUGCUCACCGGCGACGCCAGUCAGCAGCUGGCCGCCGACACCCACCCCCAGCGGAUCAAAUCGGAGAUCCACAGCCGGCCGCGCGCCCAGACCUUCAACUUCGCCUACCGGAGAGUAACGGCUAACCUGAACCUCCGCGUCCCAGCUCACCCGCACAGCGUAACCUGUGCCUCCUGAUGGGGAGGGCGAGAACACUGGGUGGUGUACUGGUGACCAUGGUGCUGCCACUGGGAUUCACCGCUGUGCCUUGUUGUUCCAACUGUCGUAACGUGUGUGUGUGUGUGUGGGGGGGGGGAGGUGCGUGUGUGCGUGUAGACCCUUUGAAGGACACCUGGAGGGAAAUGCGUGCAAUAUGGAUUUUGUUAAUGGAGUUUGACAGGUCUAUACAGGGUUGUGCAGGGUCGUUUGUUGUGUUUGUUGUGUUUUUAUGCACAGGAGGUUACUUGGAAAGGGUCAGUAUUAUUUGUAAAGAUGCCUUACAAAUGCACAUUUCCUUCAGUGUCUAAAGUUAUGCGUAAUAUUGCUGUACAAAGAAAUUGACUAAAACUAAGGAACUUUGUUUGUUCCUUUACAUAAUUGAGUUUUUAGUACAUUAUCUAUGGUUUUGAGUCAUUUUUUAACACCAGCACUGUGUAGAAUUUGGAACAUUAUUCUGUUGGAUUGUUUCAGACUUGGCUUAGCUGUCUUGACUGUAAAGUUAGAAAUGAACACAAAAUGUGUUGGUAGGCUUUUCCUGACAGCCUGACCUCAGAUCAGACCAGAUUUAGGAAUUGUAGGCCAGCUGGUCAGUGCAACUUUAAGGCCCAAUCCCAUUUCUCCCCCUUCCCCCUCCCCCUUGUUUUGAAGGGGUAAGGGUAAGGGGUAAGGGGAAGGCGUAAGGGGUAGAAAUGGGAUUGGGCUUAAAUCUGAUCAUGUUGCCUGUAUUGAGGGACCUGUGGAGGGUUUUAGAAAGUGGGAUUAGGUAAAGAAAUCUUGCAUGUUGGGGGGUGAGGUUAUGUUUCAGAUGUACCAUUUUAUUUUAACACUGACACUGAACUCACAGCAAACGUUUUAACUUUGUGUUUAAUGUAAUAACGUAAGGUUGCCUUAAGUUUGUUUAUACUGUCAUGUGCCUUUUAAAGGAACAAAAAAAACAACCAGCACUUCUGUACUGUCAGAUUUUGCGCAGAAUCAGCCUCCUGAAUUUCUUAACACGUACUCCUGAAGUAGGAGAUAUUAAUUUAAUAAUGAGUAUACAAACCAUGGUUAUAUGUACUGCUUUUUUUUCCUACAGUUGCUGGUCAAUUGUAAUUCAGAUAUUUUUAUUGAAAUUAUUUUAAGUCAUUUUUAAUCGUUUAUGUACAGGUGUUACUUCAGCACACAUUACGUCAGAUGGCUUACAGAUAUGUGGGCUAUGAUAUUAAACCUCACAGAUAGUUGCCUAUUUAAGAAGGAGUAAAUUACCUGCUUCAAAACACAUCAAACACGUAGUGGUGCCAAGACCAAAUGUUCUGUAAAACAAAGCAUCACAGUCUUUCUUGGCUCCGAAUUAGAUUUGCAUUCAGAAUGAGACUGUUUUCUGUAUUCUCUUCUGGAAUUAGAUUUAUUUCACUUCACAUUUAUUAGUUACAAAUUAAUUACACAGCUUGGUCAUAAAGAUAAAUCCCAAAUGUAUUUUUCCUAUAAACACAUGUGAAUGCGUACAAAUAAAGAAAGUACAUUUGUCUAUG